CCUUGCCGAGUUAGCCACCGCAUGCGUACGCGCUGGAAAUGUUGUAGCUGAAGAUAAUUACGACAUUCUCUGUGAAGAAGAGGAUAAGCUGUCUGAGAUUGUCUCCAAGACGAGAAGGUUUGGGGUACCAGAACUUUGUCUGUUCUAUUUCAUUUCAAACCAUACAGAAGAGGACGGUGGUGAAAACAUCGGGGAAGUCAUCAUGCCGCUUGCUGGUCCGGCCUACGCUCCCCCCUCACCAGGUGUCAGUAGGAGCCCAUGGCACACGCCCCCCUCCGGGCCUCCCCACAUCUCAACAGAAGCCCUCGCCUCUCCCGAAGGCAAACCCGUCCCCAGCAAAAUGUCGAAGUCGGCGGCCCUGGAGUUGAGCCCGGUCGCUUUGCCGGACCUGCCAGCGUCAUCAUUUCUGACAGUCUCGGCUUCGUAGUAGACAGGGGAAACAAAAGGAUACAAGUCUUCAAUAUGGAGGGGGACUUCGUAUCGGAGUUUUCCACAAGAACAGCAGGAGACCGGAGAAGCAGUAUCCCGAAUGGAAUAGCCGCGGAUUCAGAGAGCCAGCUUUGGGUGACGAACUCGUCCGGUGACGUUACCGUGUAUGACACAAGAGGAUGCCACAUCAAGACAGUCAAGACGAACGGGGAGCCAUGGGGCAUCGCGUAUGACAACAGAAACGACCGUGUGAUCAUCACGGACGUCCGGCAACACUGCGUCAUCAUUCUCCGCACAGACGGCUCGCCAUUGGCCACGCUGGGGACUAUGGGUAGGGACGACUACCAGUUUGACACGCCGUCCUACGUAGCUGUCAAUCUUCUUGGUGACAUCAUAGUGUCGGAUUGUCGGAACCACUGCGUCAAGGUCUUCGAUGAAAGCGGGCGCUUCAUGUUUAGGUUUGGCGGGAAAGGUUCCGAAGAUGGCCGCCUGAGCUACCCCCGUGGAGUUUGCGCAGACGAGUUCGGCAACAUCAUCGUGGCCGACUACGGAAACGACCGAGUGGAACUCUUCGACAGUAACGGGAAAUUUCUGAAGCACGUCGCCAGUAUUGGGUGGCCGGCGGCGGUUGCUCUAGGGGCCCAGGGUUAGCUACUGGUAACCAACGACUGUAAGCAUAAAAUGACAAUCUUCAGCCAUUACCAGAGAGUGUCGACAAGUGACAGUCUCAGUCUGUGCUGUAGCAUUCGCUCACUGUAUGAUGGAAGAUUGCCCAAUGUCUGAGAUACCGUUCUGGCUGUGUUUUAUGUGCCCUCACUUAUAAUAACUGAAAAUACUUUUGAUGCAUGUGUACGAGUUUUGGUAUGUGGGUAGGUUUUGAGGUCACGAAAUAUAACGAUUUGGGGCCCCUAGCAGUAUUUACAGGUACUGCGUCCUCGUUUACCGACCGAUACCCCCUUUUUGAAAGUAGAAUGGUAUUGUCCAUGGACAGCUGGUUAGCCGAACACCAUGUAAAUGAUUACAUCUGUGAUGGGUGUUCUCACCUUUGACGACCUUGGUUCUUUCUGACUCACGAAAAGCAAUAAGAGGGAUAUAUAAACAAGUAACUUUAAAUGACGAACCAAGAAUUCAAAGAUUGGAACAUGUAGCGGGACUUAUCAACAUGUGCGUGAUAUGUAUAGGUAUAUUUUUGUAUGUAAUAAAAUUGACAUAAGUAUCUAUUCCUGAGUGUAUGCACUUUGUAAC